UCGACCGGCACUCGGGCGCGUUCGGCGUGUCCUCGCGCGGCGCUCGGCUGUCCUCGGGCCUUCGGCGGAGUUGGAAAAGGAUGUGAGCGGGAGGCGGCGGCGCAGAGGGCGCGGAGCAUCCCGUCCGUUCGCCCGGCGGCGGGCGGAUCGGGGCUUCGUGCGGUGAAGGAGACGCUACCGCCCGCCGCGAUGGGGGACUUCUACGAUCCGGAGCACCCGACCCCUGACACGGCUUUCAUACUGAAGGAUCCCAGUGGACACCAAAAAGCUAAUGCAUCUAGCAGCGCUGAAAUUGCAGUCACCUCUGAGGUGGAAAGGGACCACAGGUGUAUCUUUGAAAAGAAUAUGGAUGGGUCUGAAGAGGUAGAAAGGGAAGAAGAAAAUGAGGGCAAGAGCGAAAGUGCCCAGAAACCUGGCUUUGUCAAAGGCCCCGUCUUCAAAGGAGUGGCAUCGAGCCGUUUCUUACCCAAAGGUACCCGGACAAAAGUGAAUCUGGAGGAACAAGGGAGGCAGAAAGUGUCCUUCAGCUUCAGCCUUACCAAGAAGACGUUGCCAAACCGGUUCCUGGCUGCGUUGGGGAAUGAGAAGUCCAGCGAAAGCCCAGGCACGUCCCUUUCGCCCCUUCCGAGUGACUUCACUUCUAAGCUGAAAACAGAACUCGGUGAUCCGUUGGGAACUCCUGAGGAAUUUUCCCCGCCAAAGCCGAAGGCGGAACUGGGCAAAAUUCAUUUCAAGAAGCAUUUGCUAAAUGUUACCACGAAACCUUCCCUGGUUUCUGCAUUGCCGCCGCUCCCAGUAGCUCCGCCGCCACCACCACCACCACCUGCUGCAGCAGAAUUGGGGGAGAUGCCGUCAUCCCCGCCUCCCCCUCCUCCCCCCUUUCCCCCGCCCGCUCCUCCUCCACAGAUAAAACCAGCUCCCACACCAGUGCUGAUUCCAGUAGGUGCAGCCCAGGUUGCAAUACCAGUGCCCGUCACCCCUCUCUUGACAUCCCCUGUAGAAACCGUUGUCCGAAUGAUAACAGAACCAUCACCCAGCCCACCACAACAGUCUUCUGAACUACAAAAUGCCGCUCUGGGGGAGUCUGAAGAACAUCUGGCCCCAGGGGUUUCUGAGGAAGCGGAGCCAGCAUCGGUGAAAAGGCAUUCCCACAUUGGGAAGGAAGAAGAAAUUGCAGAUAACUCCAAGGUUGCCCCAAGUUCAAAGAAGCCGAGGAGGAAGUUCUCGUUGUCAGAGGGGGCAUUGCCAGGAUCUGAAUCGGACGAAGAUUCGGUGAGGACCUCCUCGAGUCAGCGGUCCCACGAAAUCAAAGCAGCGGCCAGCUCAGAGAAGGAAAAGGAUUUACGGAAAAGCUCCGUGGCUUCAAAAACGGAAGAGCCCCCAAAGGUCUCUUCGCGGUCUAGAUCGGAAAGGGAUGACAAAUAUUCUAGCCAUUCCCGGUCGGAGAGAGAUUCAAGGUACUCCUCACGGUCCAGAUCAGAGAGAGAGAGGCGGCGAAGCCACUCCCGUUCCCGAUCUGAAAGGGGUUCUAGAACCAGCACAUCUUAUUCUAGAUCCGAGCGGUCCCAUUACUAUGACUCUGACCGGAGAUACCACAGAAGCUCACCGUACAGAGAGAAGACACGGUACUCCCGUUCUUACAUGGACAGCCGGGUGAGGGAGAGUUCCGAUUCGGAGGAAGAGUAUCGGAGGGUCCAUUCUAGAUUGUCCGCAGAUUCACGGCACGCAUCUUCUCAUUCCUCGUCUUACAGAGAUUCCAGGACCUCGUCCUCUUACUCGAAGUCAGAGAGGGAAAGCGGCAAGACUGACUCUGCUUAUCCUGAUGUGGAGAGAAGAGGAAAGCAGGCCAGGUCAGAUAGAGAAACACGAAGGAUUUCCGAAAGCGACAUAUCAAAAAGGUCCUCGCCUGUCAAUGAGCCACGACAUCGUCGGGGAGCCUCCCAUUCUAAAGCAGAAGGCGGGAAUUCGUCCCGAUCCAAGCCCACCUCUUCCAAGACAUCUGCACCCAAGUCAGAUAAAUUUAAGAGUUCUUUCUGUUGUACAGAAUCUGAGGACGUCAAAGAUCAGUCUAAUUGUGUAGACUCGGAGACUUCUGGUGUACCAGGCUGUGAAACGAAAACCGCUCUUACCCAGAAGCCAGAAACGGAGAGGACUGUUUCUCCAGUAAGUCAGUUCAGUGACUCACUGACAUUUAGAAAGCUAGAUGAAUCAAAAAUGGGUUCGCCUCUUUCUACCGUAAAUGAACUUGCAGGAAUCGAUAGCCAUAUCAGUAUUAAGGACAUGGGAUCUUUAGGUAAAGAAAGGCAAGAGCAGUUAAGGACACCUUCUCCAGUAGAACUGGAUAUAAAUGGGUCCCCGGAAAGGAGGAGCCGGAAGAGGUUAUCCUCUCCCUUUGAAGCAGAAGAGAUCGACCUGUCUUCUGAUGAUAAUUUAGGUGGAUCUGAGCUGCCCCCUCAAGCCAAAAGUCCUAAGCUAUCAUCAAACAGUCUCCAAACCCUGUCUCUACUCAAAGGAUGCAAUCCAGAUGAGUCUCUCAUUUUUUCCGGCGAAUCCAACCUCCACUUGCUGGAGGAGAACAUGGAGAUUUCAAAUCCUCCUUCACCUGAAUGUGUAUCUUCUUUUACCAAGCAGGUCAGUCACUCUAAAACCUUGUCUAAAAAAGGGAGUGAUCCAACAGAUUCCUCUUGUAAAACCAAAGAUCCCACCCCUUGCUACUUGCCGGAUGACACUUCUGUUUCUUUGUCUUAUUCAGAAAUUGAAAUUGAAGUGGAGCCUUCAGACACAGAAGCUACUCAAGAACCUCAAGUGGGCAUUCACGCAGAGAUCUCUGCUCAAACAUUCACAUCGUCUAGUGUAGAUGAUCAAAAUCCAUCCGGUUUGGCUCAGGAAAAUGAGAAAUACACAGGUUUCAGUUCAGUGGAGCCCGCACCAGUCAGAGGUUUUACAACAGAGGAGUAUAUUGUGGAAGAAGACAAUCAGCAACAACCAACUUCUGAAAAUGUGCUCCAUCUGGACACACCCAUCCAACAAAUGGCUAAAGAAGUCUUAACGUGCCCUGAAGUUGCCCUUGAGUUAGAUAUCCUGCCUGCAGAUUCCGUUGUCCAAAAAGCAAAAUCUCCUUUGAAAAAUGAGCAUUGUUAUUAUUUACAGAUGCCAGUGAAGGAACCUGAGAAGAUUCCUGGAAAGGAAGAACUUGAGGAGAAAGAUGCAGUGGUCUUUGAUGAAGGGAUGACCCCUGACUUAGACAAACCAGCCCCUGGAGUUUUGGUGAUGAAAGACAAAGAGGGCCCUCUGAUGGAAUCCGCCUUUUCGGAAGGGUUGUCCCCUUCUUGUCAAAUUGUCGUCACCGUAGAAGAAACUGAAACCAUGGAAGAAGAGCCCAGAUAUGGCAGCAGCAGCAAUACUCCAGAAAUCUCUUCUGCGCACAACGAAGAUUAUUCUGAUACGGCCGAAAGCGCAAGCGAGCAUCUGAGCGACGAGAGCGAGAGCGAGGACUCUGAUUCGGAUGACAGCAGCGUUCCCAGGAACCGCCUUCAGUCCGUGGUGGUCAUUCCAAAGAAUUCCACCCUAACCCUGGAAGAGAGCAGCUCGUGUUCUUCACGGAACAGCCAGAGUAACCGACGUUACAUGGAUCCCUGGGAAGACAGCCGGCCUGAGUCCACCAAGCCGUUCUGUGAAAGUGUGCCAGAUAGCUUGGAACUGAAUAACAACCUGUCAAAUGAAACCAGAACUUUGCCUCCUAGAGAAUCAGAGAGAAGCUUAGCUACGUCGACAGAGGUCAAGAGAACUGAAGUGUCGGGGGGCCCUCUGCCAGAGGCCUCCCAGCCUCAGAGCGACGACGUUGACAGCACCAGCCACUCCGAGCCGGCGACCGAUUCUUUCCAUAAGCCGGACGAAAGAAUCGUCUACAACGAAACCACCUCGAUUACCCGGUCGGUCGGCGCAUCACAAGGAGAAGAUCUGCACCGCCUUUCCGGUUUUGAAAUGACCGACACGAUGGGCGGCGUUUCCAAGUCAGACCGUAGGCAGGGCAGGCCUGCUUUUGUGGGUCUUCCCCAUCCUGCCGAUUUCUCUCGGGAAGACGGCUUUCAUUCGACGGAGGACUUGGGGAGUUUGGGGUGGGAUUUCUCCCAACCAGAGAAGCCCAGCAGCACGUACCAACAGCCCGAUAGUAGUUAUGGAGUCUUCCCAGGUUACGUUUAUCCCCCGCCCCCAGUCCCGUACAUGGGGUCUCACAACUACUGGCCUGACAACGGCUACUGGGAUCCAAGGCUGACCAACCGACCUUCUGCCAUUAGUUACGAGCGUAUCCAAGGACAGGUCCCUGAUUCGCUCACCGAGGAUCACGAGGAGUACGAAGAAGUAGACCGAUGGGUGGAUGAAAGCCAGCUCUUUUUCCCUGACCAGUCCGUGAAGUUCCAGUCACGGGACCCCAGGGAGAAGGGGUCGGUACAGGCUCACGAGAUCAGCAGCAACUCGGCAAAGGACUUCCCUAUGGCGCGCGAGAGAAAAGAACAAGGGACGAAGGCGACAGAAAGAAACGACAUGAAGGAACGGGGGCCACUAAAGAAAAGGAUAACUGACUUGGGGAGCGAUUCGGAGAGUGACGGGGCCUCCCAGGAAAGGAAGAAACUCAAAACAGAGAGGGAGCCAUUGAGCAUCCUGCCCCAGGGCUCCCCAACGGAUCGUCCGUUGUGUUUCAUGGAAGACUUUCGGGACCCCCAGCGUUGGAAGGACUAUGCCAAGGAAGGGAAAAUGCCCUGCUACUUCGACCUCAUUGAAGAAAACAUGUAUUUGACAGAAAGAAAAAAGAAUAAGUCGCACCGAGACAUCAAACGGAUGCUGUGUGAAUGUCCAACCGUUUCCAAAGAAGAACUAUCCCAGGGAGAGGUGGCGUGUGGAGAGGAUUGUCUGAACCGCCUGCUCAUGAUCGAAUGUUCCUCCAGGUGUCCCAACGGAGAGCAUUGCUCGAAUCGGCGGUUUCAGAGGAAGCAGCACGCAGACGUUGAAGUCAUCCUGACGGAGAAGAAGGGCUGGGGGCUCAGAGCGGCCAAGGACCUUCCUUCUAACACCUUUGUUCUUGAAUACUGUGGAGAAGUUCUGGAUCACAAAGAAUUCAAAACUCGAGUGAAGGAAUAUGCCCGAAACAAGAACAUCCAUUAUUACUUCAUGGCUUUGAAAAAUGAUGAGCGGUACAGGUUUAACCACAAUAAUUUGGAGAUACUCCUCACCAAGUGACGCGGUCAUAAAAAUGUGAUGUCACGUGACUCGUGGCAGGAGUUCCAGGACUUCCAGUUGCCGUUGUUAAACAAAACCUGCGUGGUUUUUAAGUGAGGACAUCUCGUGACUGAGACUUGCGAUUCCCCGCUGGCUUCCCCACUGACUUUGCUUGAAGGAAACCAGCAGGAAAGGCCACAGAUCAGCCAUCAGUCCCACUUCCUCGGCGCCACCAUAACUUUGAAGGGUCACGGAACAAGUGGUCUUUAAAACGAGCACUGGCUCUGUAGCGAUUUCCUUUCCCUUUUCAGAUAAUCGACGCCACGCAAAAAGGGAACUGCUCUCGUUUCAUGAACCACAGUUGUGAACCAAAUUGUGAGACA